UUUUCUAAAUCAACAUGGCUGUGAUAUUUAUGUGACAUAAUAUCAAAUAAUAUCUAUAUCAAGUCCUUAGAAUAUGUCUGACAAGGAUAAAAAUGAUAAGCCAGAGCAGUUGGAUAAUUCCAGUCAGGAAGAUGAGCUCGAAGCCAAUCAGACCCUUUUGGAGCCCAAUGCCGAGAGCAUCAGUGCAUCGCCCUCGAUUCUGCGACCCAUCAACACUCCAAGGCGAGAUGUCUCGAAUGCUCCCUCGAUUGUCCUUUCGCUGCCAGUUACCGAGAUGGACAACGUGCCCGAAGAAACCCCGGAGCAGCGGCAACGAAGACGGAUGAGGUUCCUCGAGCUGCGGCGGGAACAUUACAACUAUAUGCAUCACAGUGAGCAGUGCAACAUGUCGGAAACGGAUGAUGAAGAUCACUCAGCCAAUCAACCCAAGACCCAGGAACAGAACAAGCCCCAAUAAAAGCCCAUUCUACAUAUACAUUUUUGUCGCUAUAACCUUAUUAUAGACAUCCGCU